CGAGUCUGCUAGUGUGACAGUCGCGUGUGAGAUUGAUUGUUUGUCCGGUACGCCUCGGAAUUCUGACUCGCUUCGAUACCUUGACAGUGAGGGGACGGGUCGAUCAAAAUCGAGAGCGUUGUCUGCUAGCACCGCACCUACCUACCUCGACGUGGAUUAGCUUUCUGUGUAGCUUGUGUAGAGGAUUCGAUCGGAGUACACAUUCUUCGUUGUUGAGAAUUGUUGUUGACAAUUGUUGUUGACAAUUGUAGUUGACAAUUGUAGUUAUAGCUGUACAACAUCCACUCCAACGACAAACGUCAACACAAUGGUGACCAGGCCGCCCUCUGCGAACGGGACCGCGAGUCCAUCCCGAGCGGGAGCCGCCACCCGCGCCACUGCCAAUCGCACGGUCCCUCCUUUGGACUACGACAACAACAACAACAACAAUAACAACAACAACAACAAGAUCGAAGACUGUGCUCCACGUCUCUUGUCCGAAGAAGAGAAAAAGGCCGCGGCACGGGCGUACGCCUUGUCCGGAACGUCCUCGUCAAACCAAAAGUCUCACAAACGCAAAAGUCUGCUCUCUACGACAACAACGACGGGUACCAAAGCGACACCCCGAUUGCCACUGUCCUUGACGACAUCCACCUGCGCGACAACCACAACCACCUACCCCAGUAGAACCACAAAUACUAUCGCAACGGCCAGCACAUCAGUCUCGACACGGGUGCCAUUCGCCACCAACCCGCACGGGUAUUCCACCCAGUCUUUGCCGCAUUCCGAACAAACAUCCCGAACCGUUCCUCCGGACGCAGGAUCGGAACUCUUUCAGGAUAUGGACGAAUACCAACGAUUCGUCAAGAGUCUCGAAUUACCCCUAGACAACGAUCUGUCCUUGCCCCUCUUUCCCUAUUUGCAAGACGACGAAGACGACGAAGAAGAGGAAUUCCAAUUGGAUCUCGAAGAUGAUGACGACGACGAUGAAGAAGAAGAAGAAGAAGAAGAAGACGGAGGAGAUGACGACGACAACAAUAACAACAAGGAACAAGUACAGGAACAACACAAAUGGCAACAACAACAACCACAUCCAGACCCUACCAGUCAACCCCAUUCCCGAGCUUGGCUUUCUCCGAUACACCCCGCCGUACCAACCCAAGUCACGGCCACAACAGCCACGACUACGAAUGUCGAUCCCCACACACUCGACGACCUCCAACCAUGGCCCGAGGAUCCCGACACUGCCGGUGACGCCUUGAAUGGUUUUUACCGAGAAUUGGAGGAAGAAUUGGGAUGGUUGGAAGAAGAAGACAUGGAAGCCGCCGUCGCCACCUUGUUGGACCAUCCCAUCCCCAAAGGACCGGCUGACGACUUGCCCAAACUGGCCGGCCCCUAUCCCGACGAUUCCGCCACGGACAAUUCCGUCGGUAACGGCAGUAGAGAAGGCGAACCCGGGUCGUCUGCUCCAACCCAACGGGGAACCGCCAAAGUCAAGUCUGCUGCAAGCGAACCCGCCCUGGUACACACGCCACUCCGGGACGCCGCCCGUGCUGCCCGUACUGUGGUUACCGACGCUCAGCACGAGCAUUUGAAGCAACUCAUGAAUCGGCACUAUCAAGUCCUCACGCAACAGGCCGUCUUGUCCGUGCGUGCCGCACACUACAAUCGCUUGCACCGGGGAAGUCGGGAACGACACGAAGUCGUCACUGGCGGUGAAUCCGGCGAUGAUUUGGUGGAAAUCCUAGACGCCGCCGUCGGUAUGUUGCAAGAUUUGGACCAGAAUCGGAAGGACGCCAUUCGACACUACGUACAAUUUCGUCAAACGGAGCAACGGGGGAAACAUUCAUCCCUCGAUGCUAAACAUACCCAACGACACGCCCGACGAUCUCUAUUCUCCGCGAUGGAACAAGAACAGGGGCUGAUCGAAGGAAGCGCACCACGUGACAACCCUUACCACCACCCCAACGAAGAGCAAGCAACGGUGGUGGCCCGGCGCUUGACCCGGGCGCAGUUCACCAAGACAUUACAGGAACAGAGCCAAGGGGAAACGCGGACCGUUUUCGACGUCCCCGGUUUGAGUAAAUUGGGUGACACCUUCAAAGUGAUUGACAAGAGUGUAGAAGGAGUAGGAAGGCGUAAUAUUUUGGAACUGGACUCGCCUACGGAAGCGUGUCAAUUGGUUCUUGACGAAGCGGGAGCCGAGUACGAUACCAAUGCCGUACCGAGCGCCAGGGACGUAUCCCUGAACUUUGUCGACGCCAAGGAAUAUUUUGGUCCCAGUUUUCAACCGCCGAGCACUCCGCAACAAGAAAUGGUCCUACGACGGAAUCGCAAUCUGUUCACGGCCGGAGAAGACAAUUUGGUGCUGAGGGGAGUCAACCUGUACGGGGAAAAGCAAUGGAUUCUUAUCGCUGAUCGAUUCUUGCCUGAUCGAUCAAUCAAUAUUAUUUCGCAACGCUAUUCGAAGUUGUGCAUGAUGAUUUAUCGUGCCAACGGUAUCCGGAUAGACCGUAAUGGAGACUUGGAGCAACCGCCUAAGCUAGAAAGUGUCGACGAUUUGGACGAAGAGGCAGUGGACAGAGUGAAGCCGGUACCGCCACCGGCCGUGUUGAAUGUUCAUCGUUGGAGUAUGGAGGAAGACUUGACGCUGCUCCGUGCUGUUCCGUUGUUUGGUCACAUGUGGGCAGAACUCGGCGCGCGGCUGAUACCUCAUCGAGACCGCGGUCAUCUGCGGAAGCGCUAUCAAGUAUUGGAACGUCGGGUAAAGGCUACUGUCCUUCGCGCCAACAAGCACGACAAUUUGAAGGUGCCAACAUGGACAGCCUCCCCAGCCAAGCCGGUCCGUUCGUCGGGGGAUUUGCAGCCUUACAAUAGCAGGGCAUCGGGAAUUCCUCCCCCGCCACCGGUACCUUCCCGCACAACGGCACCGUCGAAGAAACGCACCGCCAAUCAGUCAGUCAAUCAUGCGGCUGCUAUAUUGGCCAGCGCGCGCAGCGCACCGGCAGCUAAUGUACCCCAACAGGUGCACAGUCCUAUAGAGGAAAACUCUCGACUCGCGUUUGAACAACUGGUCAACGGUUCCACUGACGAUUGGUCCCGAAUGACCGGUAUACUCGAAACAGACGAAAGUGAGGUUGCCAAUGCGAUUGUCAAUCAACUCGCAAAGUCACCGGCCAAGCCUUCAAUUCACAAUAAGUUUGAAGAGGCGGCCCAAUCUUCCCAGCUCAACUCAGAGGCAGAAUCGAGAGCUCUGUCGCUUCUGGCCGACACCUUUUCUCCGAGGAAACGGACCAAAGCUAGCCAGGAUGAUGAACAAGCGACACAGUCCGUGAGUUUUUUGGCCGGCGUUUUGGAACACGCUCAGCAUUCUGAGGUAUCACAAGGGAACAACACGAACGAUGCCAAGAUGAAACCUCCCCUGCCUGUGUAUUCUCCGUCGAAGGGGUCCGUUGAAAGACGGUCGCUUAGUACUCCAAUUCGAAAAGAGGGGCGGUCCACGAUUUACUCUACUUCAGGAACACCGGUUGGUCUUUCUCCCGGCUUUCGGUCGCCUACGGGGAAUUCUAAUUGGAAAUUAGGCAGCCCGGUGCUGGAGUCGAUUACGAUGGAAAGCUUUCCGGCAGGGAUGGCAUCUCGUAUGACCCAUGAAGAGGGACAUGGUCACAGUAUGGAUGGCUACGAUUUAAACAAAAUGUUUGAGCAUUCCAUAGAAGCAGGAGGAGAGGCCAUGCACGUUGCCGCACAUGAUGUCAACUCAAAUUUGUCGGGAAUGAAGGCGAUUGAAACGGAAGCUUUGGAAGCUAUUUCGGCAUUGAACUCAUUGAGUAAUUCGCCGGCAAAGACUUUUCUGCGCAGAGCCAAUAGUCAAGAGUCCAGCAAUGAAACGGGCAGAAACAGCAACGGGGGACUACGGAGAAGUCUGUUUGCCAACGUUGUGGGGGAUGCCAAGGCGUCAGCGAAGCAGCGAAAACUAAAUCUAUAG